AUGGAACAGCAUCUAAAGCUCACUUCAGAAGAUGAAGCCUUGCUCUCCAAUCCUGGCUCUUAUAGAAGAUUGGUGGGACGUCUCAUUUAUUUAACUAUCACUCGCUCUGGCAUAUCAUUCUCAAUGAUCAUAUUGAGCCAAUUCAUGCAGGCUCCUAGGGAACCAAAUUAUCAAGCUGCUCUACAUGUGCUUCGCUAUCUGAAAAGUUCUCCUGGUCAUGGUUUAUUUUUUUCAUCCACCUGUAAUUUUCAGAUUUCCGCUUACUCUGAUUCCGAUUGGGCUAGUUAUCCCACUACUCGCCGCUCUACUACUAGUUUCUUCAUCACUCUUGGGACAAGCCCUAUUUCUUGGCGCACAAAGAAACAAACAGUUGUCUCUUGA